AUGUUGCAUUGUGUUAUUGUGCUGUGGCAUCGUGAUGUGAUGUUGCAUUGUGUUAUCGUGCUGUGGCAUCGUGAUGUUGCAUUGUGUUAUCGUGCUGUGGCAUUGUGUUGUUGCGAUGUUGCAUUGUGUUAUCUCAAAUGGGUACUCUCUUAUGAAGGUUUGAUAUUUGCUUGCACGCUCCUCGGAUUGGCUGCGUCUAACCUGAAUGAAAAAGGCAGGCUGUUCUUGGACCUGAUAGAAUCUGUCUCCGCCACUGUUAUUGCAGUAGUUCGCUGGUUUCUAUGGACAACGCCAGUUGGCGUAAUCAGUCUUAUCGGCGUGUCCCUAGCAAGUGCCGAACAUGUUGGUGAAGUUUUUUCACGACUUGGUUUAUUCAUAGCAUCCAUAACAGCGGGGAUAAUCUUUCAACAGUUGGUGCUGAUGUCUGGAGUAUACUUUGCUUUAACACGACGGAACCCCUACAAGUACUUAAUCAGCAUUGCUCGACCCUGGAUGAUAUCAUUUGCCUCGACUACAACAGCCGUGGCUAUUCCUGAGAUGCUUGCGGCUUGUGAAGACAAGAAUAGGAUAGACAAGAGGGUGUCAAGAUUUGUUAUACCGUUUAGUGUGACCAUCAACCGAAGUGGGAGUGCUCUGUACAUCUCUGGAGCUACAGUGUUUGUUGCAAAUGUAACUGGAACAGAACUUCAUAUAGGGGAUGUCCUACUCAUAUGGUUAAGUAGUGAUAACCGUAUUGAUCUUAUUAUGCAAUAA